CGCCGCCGCCGCCGCCAUCGCCGGAGCAUCACCAUACACUCCACUCCCCUCCUCAAUCCUGAUUUCUUUUUCUCCUCUUUUCAGUAUCUUCUGUGGCUCUUUUUCCCGUUUUCUGCUUCCUUCUCAGCAUCGCGUGCCUUGUCUUUUUUUUUCCUCUCCCAUCCUCCUCCUUCUACAGCCGUCAUCAUCCUUUCUAUUUCUUAGCUUCAGAUUUCAGCAAAAUCCCAUCCCACUGCUCCUCUGCCGACGAAACCUCUCCCUUCUUCAUUACCUCAUUCAUCUUCAGACCGAACUCCUUCAGACCGAACCACCUCAGAUCGAAAUCACUUGAGACCGAAGUACAUCAACUGAACCCUCCUACCUUUGGUUUGUAGAACGUAUCCCACCUUAUAUAAUUCCUUAUAAAUCCCACAUCUUCUCACCGUGUGGAAAAGUUUCUGCUUUGCAGCUGUCCCCUACAGUUUCAAGCACACCAUCCACUCUUGCGGUGGGAUCUUUAAUCAAGUUUGCCUGCUUCAUCUUGCUACCUAAAGGUCAGGUAGCGGCUAGGAAAGAUGGUUGACGGGGAUCCAGGUUCGCCAACCUGGAAGUUUACACAAUGUUUUGGAGACAAGGGCGACGUUGAAGAUAUCACUGAAGCCGAUAUCAUUUCCACCGUCGAGUUCGAUCAUACGGGUAACUAUUUGGCGACUGGCGACAAGGGAGGUCGAGUGGUUCUUUUCGAGAGGAAUGAAACUAAAAAAACAUGCGAAUACAAGUUCCAUACCGAAUUUCAGUCGCACGAGCCGGAAUUCGAUUACCUCAAGUCCUUAGAGAUCGAAGAGAAGAUCAACAAAAUAAAAUGGUGCAGACGGCAAAAUGCUUCUCAUUUCCUCCUUUCGACGAACGACAAGACUAUAAAGCUGUGGAAGGUGUUUGACAAGUCGCUCAAGGUGGUUGCAGAGAAUAACCUCUCCCAUGACCUUACCCCAGGCAGCGCUGUUGGUGGAGGGGGUAUCCCGCGACCACCGCACAUUUCAUUCAAGGACGCAUCGGCCCUCAAGUUACCCCGUAUGACGCACCAUGAUACCGUAGUUGCGGCAGUCCCACGGCGUAUCUACGCUAAUGCACAUGCCUAUCACAUUAAUUCCAUAUCGGUCAACAGCGAUGGGGAGACAUUCAUCAGCAGCGACGAUCUACGUAUCAACUUGUGGAAUUUGAAUAUCCAAGACCAGAGUUUCAACAUUGUCGAUAUCAAGCCAGCGAAUAUGGAAGAAUUGACUGAGGUUAUAACUGCUGCAGAGUUCCACCCUAUCAGCUGCAACUGGUUCAUGUAUGCUAGUUCCAAGGGAACGAUCAAGUUGGCCGAUAUGCGGCAGCGCGCUUUGUGCGAUGAGCAUGCAAAACAAUUUGAACAAGAAGAAGAUGUGUCUUCUCGAUCUUUCUUUUCUGAAAUCAUCUCUUCCAUCUCUGAUGUUCGGUUCUCUCACGACGGCCGCUAUAUCGUUUCCCGCGACUACCUCACUGUGAAGAUCUGGGAUGUAAACAUGGAACGUCAACCUGUUAAGACAAUUCCGAUCCACGAGCAUCUACGCCCGAGGCUCUGCGACACGUACGAAAAUGAUAGUAUCUUUGACAAAUUUGAAGUAGUCUUCUCCGGCGAUGCCAAUAAUGUGAUGACUGGAAGUUACAACAACAACUUCAUGAUUUAUCCAACAGACCCAAGCCAGGAGACCGAGGUUGUCCUCCAGGCUGAUAAGACCGCGUUCAAAGCGAAGAAGGUGGGCGUUCCAACUCCCAUUAACUCUUCGAUUUCGACAAAUGCUGGUAAGAAGGGUGGAUCAAGAGCCGGCAGUCCUGCUGGAAUUGGAGGACGCAUGCGUAAAGAGACAGAUGCAGAUCAAAUUGAUUUUAACAAGAAGAUUCUGCACAUGAGUUGGCAUCCAUUUGAGGAUAGCAUUGCUAUCGCUGCAACAAACAAUUUAUUUGUAUUCUCAGCUUUGUGAAGCAUGCAAAGCACAUAUUGUAUCUAAGCCAACUUUACAAAAUCGCAGCCCUCCGGAAAUGCCAUGGUAUCCCCUCUUCUUCA